AUGGCUACGGAAGAGAAGGCAGCAACAGCAACGCCCACGGGCUUGGCCACGGCGGCCCAACCCUGGACAUCAGAAAAAGUGGUCGAAUCAACGAGUCCAGAAUCAAAGCUAUCAGCGCCGAAGACAGCCACGCAUCCCCCUCCCAUUCUCUGCCUAGGCAUGGCCCGCACCGGCACCGCAUCUCUCGCUGAAUCACUACGCAUGCUAGGCAUCCCCAACGUACACCACGGGACGCAGGUGAUAGGCCCCGAAUUCCAGAAACAAUGGAGUGUCUUCGACCGAGCCGCCGACGCAGCCUUCCCCGUCCUACCAACAUACACAGGCAAACCCUUUACCCGGGCUGAAUGGGACGAAGCCUUCGGCGAAUACGGCGCCGUGACUGAUAUCGCCUCUUUCUAUGCUAUGUCAUUGCUCAACGCCUACCCCGACGCACAAGUCAUCCUCGUCGAGCGCGACAUCGACUCCUGGCUCAAAAGUGUGGAACAGGUGUUUAAACCGUGGCAGAGCAAGUCCCGCGUCCGGAUGAUUCACUGGAUUGAGUCUUUUAUUGGAAGUCGCGAGGGAACAGUCAGUUUGAAGUUCGAGCUUGGAUGGACGGAAUCGAAUCAUCCCAGGGAUAUAUAUGGGAAUGCGCGUGCCGCGUAUGAAAGACAUUAUAGGGAAAUCCGGGCGAGUGUCCCGCCGGAACGGUUGCUGGAUUAUCGGUUGGAGGAUGGGUGGGAGCCUCUUUGUCGGUUUUUGGGGAAGGAUGUACCGGAUGUGUCGUUUCCGCGUGUUAAUGAGGCGGCUGAGUAUGCUAGGCAUAUUAGGAAGUCGAGGAAUGAUGGUUUGAAGAGGUUGGCGAGGAAAUUGUUUCUGCCUUGCUUCUAG